CUUAUAUAUACCCAACAUGCCACGUUCUGGCACACUGCGAAUCGCGAGAAAACCUCAACAAGUGAUCUUACAGGACAAAACUCUUUGCCGAUCUCUGAAGGCGAGAAAUUAUUUUCCAAUGAAGACAGUCGAUGGGUGCAAAUAUUCUAAUCCAAAUUUAUCUGACCCUGAUAAUGAAGAGACAGCCCUUCAGACUUGCUAUAUGCCUACGCCGUACCAACAGGGCCAGCCCAUAGCAAACUAUGCCCCCCAGCAGGCUAUGCCAGGGCCAACUGUAAUCGCGAUGCAACCUAAUGUGGCGGUCGUCCGUCAGCCUGUUCCCAAGGACUAUCUCUGCCUGUCCAUCGUAAACCUGCUUCUGUGCUGUAUGCCUCUUGGAAUAGCUGCUCUUAUCUACUCUUGCAAGGUAAAAGGGGGUUCAGGAAAUCAUUCCGAGCAGUUACAAAGCUAAAAUGUCCCAUGCAGGGAGAAUUUAUUAGAAUAUAUAUCAUUGUAUCGUAGAGCUUAAAGUCCAUUCCUUCACAAUCUUAAUGAUCACAUUCUUAUCUCCUUUGAUGGCAGUGACCACGUUUACCAAGGGUUAAAUGCUUCAUAUAAUUGAUUACUCACUCAAUCUGGUAUGGCAGGUGUUAAAUGGGUGCCGCUACUAAUUCAAAGUUUUAUGGAGGCCUGCUACUAUUUUAUUGAUGUGCAGAUAAAAUACGGCAUGUGUACAAACGUCUUUUAGCUAUGGACAGUAACCCAUUGCCUUCCAAGUUAUUUGUAUUUUAAAAAAGGUUUCAACAUUUUUAUGUUGGAAUUCAUAACUAGCACAUAAAUCUGGGAUAAAAAAAACUAUUUUGUAUCUAAAUUGCUGCUUUUAGAUACCCAAAACAAAUAAUUAAUGAUUGAUCAACAUUUGCAAAAUUAUUGGGGGAAUACACUGUUAGAGGGUGUAAACCCUUAUGAACAGGGCCCCCCUACUCAGUGGCGGAACUAAUGUAGAGAGGGUCCUGGUGCAAGAUUGUUGUUGACCCCCCUCUAGCGUAAGAGUGGAGAAAAGGUAGUUCCCGCGAUACUAUGCCAGCAGGGGAUCGACCAUUUGCCCACCGUUGCAGGUUUGUAUUUGUGAGCAGUGUUUGUGUGUUUGAAUGUAAGCAUGUUUUUGUAUAGAGUAUAUAUGUGCAUGUACUGUCGCCAUUUGAAUGCAGAGGUAUACUUGUGUGUAGUGUUUGUGUUUGAAUGCAGGGGUGUGUAUUUGUAUGUAGUGUUGGAUUUUAAAUGCAGGUGUGCUUUUGUGUGCAGUGUUGGUGUUCGUGUAUUAUAUUAGGGUUUGAAUACAGCGGUGUGUUUGGAUGUCGUGUUCAGAUGUACGUUUGUGUGUAGUAUUGGUGUUUGAGUGAAGUAUUUUUGUAUAUAUAUAUAUUGGAGUUUGAAUUCAGGGGUGUGUUUGUAUGUAACAUUUUUGUUUAAUUGCAGGGGUCUGUUUGCACUGACACACAGAUACACAUACACACACAGAUAAAAACACUGACAUAUACACACACACAUGUCAUAAUUGUUAUAUUUGCUGCCAUACUCCUGUUAGCAUAUCUUUUAUUUGCAGGAGGGUGGCUUGCUUGAGGUGCUGCUAGCUGAGGAUGAUGUGUGUGGGCUGUGCUGCUCAUAUCCUCUGUAUGUGUGACCAGCUUCACUUCCUCCCAGGCUGCCAGUAAUACAGGGGCCCCGGCGCACUGUCCGAGCCCAUAUUCAGCAAUACCCAUUGGAUGACCCUAAGUGCAUGGGCAACUCGAUAGCUUCCGCGACGUGUGACAGUGGCGCUACUGCCCAUACUCUUUGUUCUGGCAUCUUAAAUGUGACGUCACUCAUUUUGCAGUGAUGUCAAAUAUUUGGGGGUUUUGUACAUUCAUUGGAAAAUGCUAGCAUUUUAUAAACAUCAACUACUAUACUGCAAUAAUGUAUCCACAUAAUAAGCAAUUCUACAUUCUUAUCAUGUCAUUUUCUCUUAGACACAGGACUCAUUGAGAUAUGGAGACAUGAAUUCAGCAGUGAGCAAUUCACGCACAUCGUUUAAACUGAACAUGGUGGCUCUGGGAAUCGGAAUCGUCUUGAACCUUGUUUGGAUCGGCCUUGUGAUUUAUAUCAAUGUAGCAGCCACUCAAUACAUUAACUCUUACUAUGUAAACGGUUAAUUGUACAAUUAGCAUUGUGUACCCCGUCCUGGACACCGUGUGUGUUUCCAUUGCAUUGCUUCAGUUAUCCUGCCCUUCCUGUGUGAAUUACUGUAAUUACUGUAUCCCUGAGUAUCGCAGGAUUUGCCCAGUAAUUAACCCUGUGAGCCACAGCCAGGGUAUCUAAAUAGACUGAAGAGUGUGG